AUGAUGGUUAGUUAGCAUGUUGAGAUAUUGUAUGAAUUUUUGUGGAAUUUUACAUUGCAUUUUCAAUUUGAUCAUGAUUUUUCAUUUCUGGUGGUUGAAAUUGCAAGCUCAUAUGACAUAGGUUUGUAGAAUGAUUGGGAAAUCCUCAUAUGGAAUUGUAUGGUCAUGAAAUUUGAUAUGCAUGUUGUAGACACAUAAUGUGACAUUCCUGUUUUGGUCCCAUCCAUUUCUUUUUUGUUUUCAAUGAGAUAUGAAUUUUUGAAGUGGAUGUAUGCAUUGAUGGUAUGAAUUGAAGCAUGAAAUGGUGUCUGUUUUUGUUGAUUUUCAUUGACAUGGUUCCAUUUGCCCAAUUGAGCUCAAAUUUGACAUGGUAGACCUUGAUUGACCCCUGUUUAGGUGUAUUUAAUUUGAGAAUUUUUGGAUGUGUUUUGGUAUGGAUUUGAAUGCAAUAAUUCUGUUUGUAUGUUUGGUGCUUCAUUUGAACCAAUAUGGAUUGUUUUGUGCAUAACAUGAGCUUGGUGGAUGAUAUAAACAUGAGACCAAUGAUGUUUGCUUGUGUUUGAUGUUAAUUUGAUGUUGGUUAAUGAAUACCUUGCUGUUUUAACUUUUUUUCUUGCUUUUGGACCCUAGGCUUGGCCUAGUGGUCUAGUUGCUAAUAUUUGCUUGAUUUUUCAGGAUCAAAAAAGCAAUGUACAUGGAGAAUGAUCCAAAUCCAAUUUUGAUUGAUGUUGUGGAUGUUUGUACACUAACAUAACAUUUUUUUGUAGGUGUUGAAGCAUAGGCUUGAGCCUUGGCUUGCCUUGUGUUGUGCAUAGUUUGUUUAAACUGAUUGAUUAUACACUUGUUGUUUGGUUUUGUCUGAUUGAUUACUGAUUGAGUUUGAUUGUUUCCAGGUACUUUAGUUGCUCAGUUCCUUGUGAACUAUUGCUUUGCUUUGCUUAAGCAACUUGCAUUUGAGGGACACUUUUGAUCGAGAUUCUGGUUGAGAGAUUUUCUGCUCCAGUAUGAGGACCGGUUUGAAGAACAACAUUGCUUACAGUUUCUUUGAUCCAGAGAUUGGUGUGCUCAAGGAUAUGAUAGCAUUGAUUACUCCUGACCAUGUGGGAAUGUUUAGAGAGUCAUACGGCGGUAUUCUGAAGAUGGUUUUCAGACUCACUGACUGCGACAGGAGCGCCAUCCACACUCUUCUUCAGUUCUAUGACCCUGGGUUGAGGUGUUUCGUUUUUCCAGACUAUCUGUUGGGACCUCUGAUGGAGGAUUAUGUCAGCAUCCUGGGUAUUCAGAUCCGUGAUCAGAUUCCUUUUCAUGUCACCAGAGCAGAGCCAGAUGUCCUUGGAAUUUCACGUGCUCUUUAUUUGAGUCCGGAAAUGGUCAAGGAAGGUUUGAAGGAAAAAGGAAAGCUACCCGGGUUUCAUUUGAGUUUCUUGGAGGCCAAUGCCAAGGAACAUGCUGCUGUGGGUAACUGGAAGACGGUCUGUGCUCUGAUUGCUGUGAGCAUUUAUGGGAUUGUGUUGUUUCCUAACCAGAAGAAUUUUGUGGACCAUAAUGCUAUCAGAUUGUUUAUGCAGAGAAACCCUAUUCCUACCCUGAUUGGAGAUGUCUACUAUUCAGUGCAUAACAGGAAUGAGAAGAGGCGUGGGGGUCUGGUCAGAUGCUGCUCUCAGUUGCUCUUUAGAUGGUUCAUGGGGUAUUUGCCUUCCCGAGGUGCUUUUGUUCAGAUUGACCCUAGUGUCAAGUGGUCCUUCCGAUUGAUGGGUCUGCGGGUUGAUGACAUUGCUUGGACUCAUAAUGGUUUAGCUGGUCAGGACUUCAUAUGUAGUUGUGGGAGUUUACCUAAUGUGCCUUUGGUGGGAGUUCAGGGUUGCAUUAAUUACAACCCGAUGCUUCUCCGGAGACAGAUGGGGUUUGCUAUAGAGGGUCCUCCUCUCGGGCGAGAGAUUCAGGAGUCCUUCUAUUUCCCGAUUGAUGGUAACCAGACCAAGUUGAGGCAGGUAUUGGACGAAUGGCGAGAUAUCCAGAGGAGGGGUAAGGUUCCUUAUGGCAAAGUCAACUGCCGGUAUUUUCCACUAUUUGAGGAUUGGUUGCGGAAGAGGAUUGAGUCUACAUUUCUACCGUUCCCUGGAGGUGACUCAGUGUGUCCUAGGAUUGAGGGUCCAAGUUCUUCUGUCAGCAUGGAAGAAUUCCUUGAGAUGAAGAGGGCCAGAGAUCAGUUACUUGCAGAGAAAGCGGAGUUGGAGAGAAGUGUUGCUCAUUUUCAGGCAGCUAAUCAGGAAAUCAAAGUGAAGAUAGAAGAUCAAGACAAGCGACAUGCUUUGGAGGCCAAACGCUUCGAGAUGGAUACAGCCUACUAUGGGAAGAUCAGCCAGGCCUUAGCAUCAUCUAACAAGGAGCAUGACAUCACCAAGGAGAAGCUGUUCAGAGCAUCGAAGGUGAUUGAGGAUGAGAAGAGGAGGCAAAUCCUUGCCAAGGAACAGAGAGAUGAGAGAGCCAGAGUUCUUGCUGCAGAGUGGGAAGCGGAGAAGGCAAAGAUCAGGGCUGAGAGAGAUCAUUACCUAGCUGAGAGAGACCAUUACUUCAGGCAGAUGAAGAUUCAUCAGAAGGAAGUUGGAAGACUACAGCAGGAGAACACCGAGCUCAGGUUCGCCGCAGAGUUCGCGAGGAUGGAAGAUGAGAUAGGGCCACCUGCGGGACCCUCAUCUAGCUAGAUCUUUCAUUUGUGUUGGAUUACCGUCAGGCUUGUUGACGGAAUUCACUUGUUUGUAUUUCUUUUCCUGAUUCUGGAGGAUUGUAUUUGACUUUAUCUGAGUUGAUGUAUGACUAUGGCACUGAUAGUGCACUCUUUUGGUUAUGGAUGGUGAUUUUCAGUCA